UCCUUCCAUCCUUUACGUAACUGUCAGACAGCCUGGGAGUGGCAGGAAGGAGGAGCGGCAGAAGCGGAGAAAGAGAUCAAGCAGCUGUUAGCAAUUCCGGAUUUGGCUAACUAUCCACACGGCAUCCUUCCAUUUAGCAGCAUGGCCGAGGGUUCGGUGUCACUAGAAGAGGUCAAGACUUCCUUCCAGAAGUUUGCAGUCCACGGAGACACAAAAGCUACAGGGAAGGAGAUGAACGGCAAGAAUUUUGCAAAGCUCUGCAAAGACUGCAACAUCACUGAUGGGAAGAAUGUGACUACCACAGACGUGGACAUCGUUUUCAGCAAAGUCAAGGCAAAGUCAGUUCGUGUAAUCACAUUUGAGCAGUUUAAUCAGGCCCUGACAGAGUUGGCUCCCAAACGUUUUAAAGGCAAGAACAAGGAAGAGGCACUUCAGCAGCUUUAUGGUCUCGUUGUUGGUAAAGAACCUGCCAACAUUGGUGUUACUAAAGCUACCAAGGCAGCAGCAGUGGACAGACUGACUGACACCUCCAAGUACACUGGUUCACACAAGGAGCGGUUUGAUGAAACAGGAAAAGGCAAAGGAAAGGCUGGACGUGAGGACAUCCCAGACACCAGUGGUUAUGUGGCAGCUUACAAGGGCAGCGGCACUUAUGAAGACAAAGUGAAAGAGGACCCACCUGACAGUCACGCUUCCCAAGCUGAGCUACUCACAUCUCCGCCUGGAUGCUAGUUCUGUCAUCUGGCUGUCCACCUGCCUGCCUACCUGCCAAGUCCCUUUGCUCCAAGUAUAUUCUGGACCCUCUCUGGACACUCCUCACCCGGACCCCUUUGGACACCCCCUCCUCGCAUGACACUUUCACCUGCAACGCUGACUGCAUACCUCCAUCCAAGCCGCUGCCCCUUUUUCCAUUCCCAGGAUCCGUCCAUGAAAUCUUGCACCUAGUCAUAACACUCAGUCAGAG